UUUGGGAUUCCCUCCCACCCCCAUCACAUCUCGUCCUUUUACUUGCCAGUUGUGACUAUUUAACCCAGUUUACCUCUUCUUUUUUUCGCUUCCGCGGCGCGCAUCGCAUCGUCCCGCGUCUUCCGCUUCUUCCUUCUUCCUCUUUUGCUGCUGCAGCUCUCGGACUCUCCGCACUCUCUCCUUCGUGUUUUUGAGGUUUUGUUGUCCUGCUUGAAAGAAUGCGCACAGUUUUCCUCUGUCGACUGUGUGGACACAUGACGAGCUGCCCUGAAAUUUUCCCUCCGGUGAUCUCUCAGGUCUGACGCGGCUGCAGCUACCUGUCCAUGGUGCUGAAACGCACGCAUCGGCGCGCUGCUGCUGCUGCUCCCCAAAAAGAUCCAGAAAUAGUAUUUAUUUCUGCGUCUUUUCCUGUCCUGCAGGUGAAAUAAUUUGAGCAAUAAGUGGUACAUCUUCUCGGCGAGGUUUCUGAACUCAGAACAGAAGGAGUUGAUCCUGAAGGAAGCAAAAAGAAUCUCCCGAAGACAGUCCAGCGGCUGCAUCGAUUUCAGGAGGACUCAUCUCUUUAGACUUGACAAAAAAAAAAUCGAAAAUCGGAUGCGUGGACGAUUGCUGUAACUCAACUUAGCCUGGAGAUAUUUUAUCUAUCAAGAACCAGUGGGGAACUGGAAAUAGCGGAUGAAUUAUCUUAAUUUGUAGCGUAUCCAAAAACAUUUUUGUUGGUGCGGGGAGGGGGGUUCUUUCUCUUCGGCUGGAUCAACUGACAUUUAAACAACCCCCCUCUUCCCCCCUCCUCCCUAAAAUAAAACUUGUCCUGAAUACCAAAUGGUAGUUUGAGGAGGCCUCGAUCAAGACAAUGGAGGCGUCCGCCAACGGGUCCAGUUUUGGCAUCGACUCGCUGUUGUCCCACAGGCCUGGAAGUCCGGUGUCCAAAGGAAACAGCCUGGUGGGGGAGUGCCGCUCGCCUCUGGAGUUCAGCCCGAGAUCAGACGUGGAGAGCGGCUGCUCGUCGCCCCCAUCGCCGAGAAGGGAGUGCGUGGAGGAGGUGGCCCAGAGGCAGGGUCACGGCGUCGGCCUGCCGCCGCACCUCCAGCACGCGCAGAUAUCGGCGGGGUCGCAGCAGAGGACAGUGACCUCGUCCUUCCUCAUCCGAGAUAUUCUCGCGGACUGUAAGCCUCUGGCCGCAUGUGCACCCUACUCCAGCAAUGGACAGCCGACUCAGGAGGCGGGGAGGCUGGCCUCGAAGAUAGCGGACGACUUUAUGGAGAAAAUCCACAGCAACUCAUCGUCAGACAGUGAAUAUAAAGUGAAAGAGGAGGGGGACAGGGAGAUCUCCAGCAGUAGAGACAGCCCUCAGGUCCGGCUGAAAAAGCCCAGGAAAGCUCGGACGGCCUUCACGGACCACCAGCUGGCCCAGCUGGAGCGCAGCUUCGAGCGGCAGAAAUACCUGAGCGUCCAGGACCGCAUGGAGCUGGCGGCCUCCCUCAACCUCACCGACACACAGGUCAAGACCUGGUACCAGAACCGGAGGACAAAGUGGAAGAGGCAGACCGCGGUGGGACUCGAGCUACUGGCGGAAGCUGGAAACUACUCCGCCCUGCAGAGGAUGUUCCCAUCCCCGUACUUCUAUCCACAGAGCCUGGUGUCCAACCUGGACCCCGGAGCGGCCCUCUACCUGUACAGGGGUCCCUCGGCGCCCCCACCGGCCCUGCAGAGACCCCUGGUUCCUCGGAUCCUACUGCAUGGUCUGCAGGGGGGCAGCGAGCCGCCGCCUCCCCCGCCUCCUCUACCCCCUAUGUCCGGCGUGCUUCCCCGGCCAGCUCAGCAGCGGUGAGCCGGCCCCUGCAGAAUUUUUUUUUUCUUUUUUUCUUUUUUUUUUUUUUUUUGUACGCCGCGACCUUGGCAGCUUGGGACUCAUUAGAAGAGAUAAAAAACAGACAGAAAUAAAAAUAUGACGAACAAGAGAAAAAGAAAAAAAAAAACGGUUCAAGGCCUUUAUACGGUGCGAGAGAACCGAUAUGAUGGACGGAGCUCUGUGACUGAAACGCGAACUGUCUGAGUGGAAGGAUUGUUCUUCUUUUCCUCUUUUUUUUGAGGGGGGGUGGGGGGGGGGGGGCAUGAGCUUUAUUUAUUUAUUAUUUAUUUAUUUUUCAAUGCGAAUCAAAGCAUCUAAGUUAUGUAUUUAUUUGAUUCCAGUUUCAGUAUUUUCACUGUUUCCCCAACAACAUACAUAAUUGUUGGCGACACUUUGACCUACAGUUAAAAGCCAAUCAGACCCCCUAUUGGCAUUAUUAUUAUUAUUAUUAUUAUUAUUAUUAUUAUUAUUAUUAUUAUUAUUAUUAUUAUUAUUAUUAUUAUCACAUAUUCCUGGAUAUGGGCAAAGGCGGACAUGAACAUCCUUCCAUGUAAUUUGAAUAUAAUGUAGUUAGAGGAUCCAAAGGAACAAUUACUAAAUAUUUUCUCUUUUUUUUUCCUUGUAAAUUAUUGAUUUUUCUUUACACGUGAAGAUGAUCAGCAUUCAUAAACCUGUAAAUAAGAAUAUUUUCCCUUUUAUUCGAAAGAGACUGAUUUUAAAAAGAAACUUUUUUUUGUUUGUUUGUUUGAUCUAUUAGUGUGUCUUUUUCAGACCACGGUGAUCCAGUUUAACAUAAUAGGCUAGAUUAGCCAUCAGAAACUAUACAGGCGUACGAGUCAGAAUAAAAAUGAAAAAAACAAAAAAAAACAAAAACAAAAAACAAAACAUAUUGUCUGAGAAAGGAUGCCUGGACCCACAUGUAGGCACAAACACCAGAGUUACGCAAAGAAAUAAAUCUAUAUAAAAAAAAGUCUUUUUCCUGUUCUUAGUUGAAGUUUUAGCGAGAUAAAAAAAAUGUCAAGUAAUUUAUAAAAAAAGCAGUUUUAUCCCUGCAGAGGAAGAAACGGGGGAAUCAAUCACCUCAGCAAUGUUUGAAUUGAUUUUAUUUUUUAUUUUUCGAUAAACAAACGGAUUGGACUCGGGUCCACGUUCAGGUGUAACCGCCUGUUGAUUUGCUAUAGAUGUAUUUGAAGAGACGUUGUGCAUUACUUAUGUUAUUUCAUAUGAAGCCGUGAUAACCCUUAAUUGUUAUACUCUCCUUUGGUGAAAAUGUAUAUUGCAGAUAUCAAACUUGUGGAGUGGUUCUCGUAAUAUUUCCUGGAUCGUUUUUUUAUUUAUAUGAUUUUUUUUUUUUUUUUUUUUUCGUUCCUCUAGCUUCCUCAACUCUCUCCCCGUUUUGUGAAGUUCAUUUUUUGGUGAAAUUCACAGCAGAAGUUGGACAGAAAAGGGGGGAUUUGAUGUAAAAGAGAAUUACUUUUAUAAA